CAAGUACUCAAGUACCAAGCCCGAGCCGGGGGGAUAGACAGAGAGAAGCAGAGGAGCAACGAGCGCGCAAGCCAUGAGCACUACCGUUGGAUCGCGCGCGGACAUGAGCAAUACUACUUUCAACCCGCCGACCAUCUCAUUGCCCGGUGCCCAGCAGCUAUGGAACCAGUGGGAGGUCCAAUGCCUGGUGCUGGCGAGCUUCUCCUUGCAAGUCUUCCUCCUCUUUUUCCCAGGAGUUCGAAAGCGCCGCAGGUCCAGCGUCCUCAGCUUGCUGCUGUGGGUUGCGUACCUGCUGGCAGACUACGUCGCAACCUUCACCCUCGGCCGCCUGGCGCUCCACCUCAAUGACCCACGCCACCAGCUCCUGCUCUUCUGGACGCCUUUCCUGCUCCUCCACCUCGGUGGACAGGAGACAAUUGCGGCCCUUUCCACGGAGGACAGCUUGCUGUGGAAGCGCCACCUCCUGAGCCUCGUCUCACAGGUCACGCUAUCGGUCUACAUCGUCACCAAGUCAUGGCACGUUGUCAGCACCAAGCAGCUUAUGGCGCCCAUGGUGCUGAUGUUUAUUUCUGGGACAAUCAAAUACUCAGAGAGGACAUGGGCGCUCAUGACCGCUGGCAGUUCCAUGACUCCCGAGAGCAGCUCCAUGUCAGACUCUGUGCUCAACGUAGAGAGUAAUGUUCUUGAUGAUGCAAAGUCAUAUUUCCAGAGGCUCCAUGAUCUUUUAUCAAGUGACAGCCAGGACAAGAUAGAUUACGAGGGCCUCGUGGAGGUGGCAGGGAAGGGGAUCAGGAUAUGCUUGGAUUUCUUGACAGACAUGACCCCUUUCUUGAUGUGGAACAAAGGUGACAUCAUUGACACCACCAUCGGCAAGUUAAGAGGUCUAAGGAAGCCAGAGCUCCGGCACCAGAUCGCCUACAAGUUGGCCGAGAUCCAGCUAUCACUCGUCUAUGACUUCAUGUACACCAAGUAUGGAGUGCUCCAGUACCACCUCAACCUCGUCUACAGUGGGGUCGAGCGGCUCGUCACAAUUGGCGCAAACUCUGCAGCGCUGGUGCUGUUCCUGAAGGCUGACCUGGAUGGGCAAUUCAUCGACGACGUCAGAGCUGAUGUCGUGGUGUCCUAUGUGCUGCUAGCCGGUGCUGUGGCACUGGACUUGUCCUCCACCUUCAUGGUCAUCUCGUCAUACUGGCCUUACCUGCCUGGCCGAAGCCCCUUUGGGAAUGAUGGAUUCCCAGGUAAGAGGGCAAUGUUCAAUCUGACCAGGCUUGUCCAUCCACUGGGGAAAGGGUUGUGGUCUGUGCAGAUGGCGCAGUAUAACCUGAUUGGUGAGUGCAUCCGCGAAAAGCAAGCUAAUCUGUUCAUGUGGGCUCUGCUGAAAGUUGGGCUUGUAUCUGACGUCAAGCACAUACAAGUAUCUGCUGACCUCAAGAAGUUCGUCUUCAGAAAGCUGCUGGACAUAGGGGCCACUAAAAAAGUAACCGAGUACUGGGAAAGGGACUUCAGCACAUUCCACGGCCAGUGGGCACGGUGGGCGCUCGAGGCGACGGCAGAAGGAAGGUCGAUCGAUCAGUCAAUCCUCAACCUGGAGGGCGGGACUGUCGCGGCGGUCGUCCUCAUGUGGCAUAUGAUCACUGAGAUGUGCUUCUACACGACAGCAGAUGAGGACAGCUCCUCCUCAAUGCACAGGGACAUUAGUAGGCAGCUGUCCGAGUACGUCAUGUACCUGGUCGGGAAAUGCAGUAUCAAGAACGCAAGCAGUGGCCAUUUCGAGUUUGGUAAGGUUCGGCGCGAUGUGAGGAAAGCUCUCACUCAGCAACGUUUCUCUGGAGGGCACCUGGAGCAAAGCAAGGUCAUCUUGUAUGGGUAUGAGGGGCAUGGGUUUUUCACCUCCCGUGCCAGUGCUACCGCCAAAGAGCUGCUUAAGAUCACAUGCCCAGCCGAACGAUGGGAGCUCAUAGCCACGGUGUGGACUGAGAUGCUUUGCUACCUGGCACAGAACUGCGAGGCGGCAUUCCACAUAAAAAAUCUAAGCACUGGUGGUGAGUUCGUCACGCACGUCAGGGUCUUAUCGAUCAUUCUGGGCAUUCCUUUUAUCCGGGAGGCAUCUCAAGCUGAAGCUGGAGAUGAGACCGAGUAUUCCGAUUCUACAAUGUUUUAAACCAAAUAGCCCGGAGGAUCCCAACUUCAACCCUUUUGAAGAAGAUGACCAUGUUGAAACGGAUUGUGUUGACAGAGAUGAAGCAGACUUCAUGUCUUGUGAUUCUAUAUUGCCACCUAUUCUGUAAUGAAACUCAAAGAGACUUGUGCCAUGUGAAACUCGUAAUUUAUAAGCGGUAUUGUAAGAAUUGUUAUAUAUAUAAGCUUGUGUUUGAGUAUUUACCGUAGAGCAACAACCCGAUUGUCGCUCCCACGGGGAGUCUGAACAUAGGACCUCGAGUGCUACUAAGGCUGCUGUAACCACUAGGCUACCACAGUUUCUAAAGUGUGAAACAUGAUUUUAUUAUAUAAUUAUGUUGGUGUGGUUUAA